UUCCGAAUCACUCCCAGAAAUCUGAAGUCCUAGACUCUCCAAGAUGGAACUCACUGCAGGAGAUCACCGCAUACCUCUAAGUGAUGGAAACAGCAUUCCUAUCAUUGGGUUUGGUACCUACCAAGACUCUAAAUUGACCCCUAAGGGGAGCUGUAGGGCAGGAGUGAAGUUCGCCAUCGAUGUUGGGUACCGGCACAUUGAUGGGGCCUACAGCUCCGAGAAUGAGGACGAAGUGGGGGAGGCCAUCAGAGAGAAGAUAGCAGAAGGAUGGGUGAAGAGAGAGGAUAUUUUCUACUGUGGAAAGCUUUGGGGUACAGAUUUUGACCCAAAGAGAGUCCUCCCAAGACUGCAGAAGACACUCCAGGACCUCCAGCUAGAUUAUGUUGAUCUUUACAUAAUGGAAACGCCCAUGGCUUUUAAGCCUGGAGAAGAAAUUUUUCCUACAGAUGAGAAUGGCAAUAGGAGAGUUCACAAGACAAAUCUGUGUGCUACUUGGGAGGCUUUGGAAGCUUGCAAAGAUGCUGGCUUGGUGAAAUCCCUUGGUGUAUCCCAUUUUAACCGCAGACAGCUGGAGCUAAUACUGAACAAACCAAGACUCAAGUAUAAGCCAGUCUGCAACCAGGUAGAGUGCCAUCCAUAUUUCACCCAGAGAAAACUCUUGGAAUUUUGCCAACAACAUGACAUUCUCAUGGUUGCAUUUACUCCAUUGGGAAUCUCUAAGGAUCGAGACUGGAUGAGUACUUAUUUCCAACCUUUGUUAGAGGAUGAACUUCUAAACUCAUUGGGGAAAAAGUACAAAAAGACUGCAGCUCAGGUUGCUUUGCGUUUCAACAUCCAGCGAGGGAUAGUUGUCAUUCCUAAAAGCUUUGACCCUAAAAUGAUUAAAGAAAACUUUCAGAUCUUUGACUUUUCUCUCACUACAGAAGAAAUGAAGACCAUCGAAACCUUGAAUAGAGAUGUCCGCUUACUGGAUCUGCUCAAGUGGUCUGGUCAUCCUGAAUAUCCAUUCCAUGAAGAAUACUGACUUCAGAGACCACCUGCACUUAUUUUUCCCUGCGUGUGUACCAUGACCUUUGGCUGGGCGAUUCCCCAACACGUGGAAUGAAAAGAGUUUUCCUAUCCUCAGAUGAAGUGGCGAUGGCUUAACUUCUGUAUAAGAGAAGUGACUUUGACUUAGCUAUGUUGAAGAAAAAAAUGUUUAAAUCUAUUGAAAUAAUAGUUUGGAAUUAAAUAAUUAAAUUGUCGGCAAAGCCAUAAUGAUUUGGUGGUUGUGGGUUUCCAUCACUUUUUAUUCAUUUUACCCAGCUUUAGGGACGGAUAACUGCUAGUUUUCUCUUGCAUGCUGUAAAGGGAAUGAGCUUCAACGUAACUGGUGAUCAAACUUACUGCCUAUCACUGCUGCUCCCAUGUAUCAUACAACCAGCAUUAUGCAAAAUGGCUUGAGACUAUCAACAUACACAAAUAAAACCCUGUAUUGUAAGACGGUCCAAAGACAACUAUUUUAAAAGAAGGCUUU